AUGAAAGGUGCUGACAUUUAUACUGUGGAUAGAAUUGUUGGAGACAGGAAGAAAAAGGGAGUGAAGCAAUAUCUCGUGAAGUGGGAGGGGUAUCCAGACUCUGAAAACACGUGGGAAGAUGAAAAAAACAUCUUCUCCAAGGAGCUGAUAAAAGAAUAUGAGGAGUCUCGAAAAGGAUCGAAGAGCUCUAGUAGCCAGAUGGGCAAGAAAAGAGCCAGCACAGGGAAGACCAACAGAAAGCACCUCACAAGCAAGGAUAGAGCCAUUACCAACGAAUGGGACGGGCUGGUUGAUAGAGUUGUAUCAGUAGAAAAGAAUAGAGCCACACUUGUUGUUUGGCUGCUAUUUAAAGAUGGAAAGAAAGGGCGCUUUCCUGUAUCGCAAGUUCACAUAAGAUGCCCGCUACAUCUACUUGAGUAUUACGAAGACAAUCUAGUGUUCUGUGAAGAUGGAAAAGGAAGUACUAAGUAA